AUGCGCCUGUUCCACACUCUUUUAACUCUUUCGUGCGUUGCCAGCACUCUGGCUCGCCAUAACACUCUUUUGCGUCGUGACGGCGAAGAUAUCGCUCAAACUGUGAACGAAACUGAUGUAGAUCCUAAGCGAUUCAUCAUCGAGUUUGAAGACGGAACCAACUCCAAGGCCACGGCUGACAGACUAGCGGGCCGUCCCGAUGUCAAGCUUAUCAAGGUCUUCAACAGCGAUGUGUUCAAGGGUGCAUGUGUGGAGACCCCGAAAGACAAUCUUGAUACUCUCCAGGAGGAGGAAUCUGUCAUCAAGGCUUGGCAGGUCAAGAAAGUCACCUUGGCUCCCAUGAAGCCGCUGCAAACGUUCGGUAAAGAGGCUGCUGGCAUCAACACGUCUAUUCAUCACAUGACUGGAGUGGACAAGCUCCAUGCUGAUGGUGUCCUGGGCAAAGGCGCUGUUGUUGCCGUUGUUGACACAGGAGCUGCCUAUAAUCAUCCCGCACUUGGCGGAGGGUUUGGCCCUGGUUUCAAGAUCGAAGGUGGAUAUGACUUUGUGGGUGAUGGAGAAUGGCCCGAAGAUGAAGAAAAGCAGCCCGAUGAAGACCCCAUGGACAAUCUGGGCCAUGGAACUCAUGUAUCUGGUAUCAUCGCCGGGAAGAGCGAUCUGAUCACCGGAGUUGCUCCUGAUGCCACUCUCCGAGUGUACAAGGUUUUCGGGAAAAUGGACGCAACAACCGAGGAUGUGUUGAUCGAUGCUUUCCUCAAGGCUUAUGACGACGGAGCCGACGUCAUCACUGCCUCCAUCGGUAGUCUCGGUGGCUGGUCCGAAAACGCAUGGGCUGUAGUAGCCUCGAGAAUCGUCGACCAGGGUGUAGUUGUCACCAUCUCAGCAGGGAACGAUGGCCAAGCUGGUCCCUUUGCCGCCAGCACCGGAUCCUCCGGCGCCCAUGUCCUUGCCAUUUCUUCCAUCGACGGAGAUGUCAUUGCCACACCCUCCUUCAACGCGACUUUCGACAAUGACGGAGACGCAGAGAUGGUCAGCGUCCCGUACAUGCCAGCGGCCGAGUGGUACCCAUCUGAUGUCGAUGGAUGGCCGAUUAUCCCAGUCGGUCUUGAUACGGCCGUCGCAGAUGAAGCUUGCAGCCCACUGCCGGAAAGCACUCGCAAUUUCACCGGCUCAGUUGUGCUCGUACGACGGGGAGGAUGCAACUUUUCGCAAAAGCAGCAAAACUUGGCUGCCCUUGGUGCAACGCAUAUCCUCAUCUACACCAACGAGAUGCCUAUCGUGACCCCUUCAGCUGUCUCCCAGGACGGAAGCAUUGCCAUGAUCACCCGAGAAGCUGGCGCUGCCAUCAUCAAGACUAUUAAGGCCGGCGGUAAUGUCACUGCUGACUUUACCACUCCGCCCAUGAAGACUCUCACUGGAGUCCUCAAUGAGGAGACAGGAGGAGCCCCGAGCUACUUUACAAGCCUUGGGGUGACUAACGACCUGUUCAUCAAGCCUGAUGUGGCCGCCCCAGGCGGUCAGAUUUUGUCAAGCUACUUGAACGACGAAUAUGCUGUUCUCAGCGGCACAUCUAUGGCUUGCCCAUAUGUGGCAGGUAUCGCAGCGUUGUAUAUCAGCAAGCACGGCGGUCGCUCUGCUCACGGGCCUGACUUUGCCAAGGACCUUGCCAUGAAGAUUAUUUCAUCCGGUGAAGCUGUCAAAUGGCACGACGGAACCCAAGAUAGUCCAGACUAUGGAUUCAUGGCCUCAGUGGCUCAAGUCGGCACCGGCAUCGUCAAUGCUUCCAAGGUUCUCGAUUACAGCACCAGUCUCUCCUUUGUCAAAUUCGCUCUCAACGAUACACGCCACUUCAAUGAGGAGCACACAGUCGAAAUCACUAAUUCUGGAGAUAAGCUCGCGACAUAUGGCUUUUCGGUUGAGAAUUACGGAGGGUUUAAUUCCAUGAAUACCGACCCUGACACUUGGGGAACACCGCGAAUGUAUUGGGGCGAAGAAGUCCUGGCUGCACCUCAGAAGAUGAACCCCCAGGUUGCUCUGCCCGAUGCGAAGAUAAUCAUCCAGCCUGGGGAGACCAAGUCUGCGAAAAUCUCCUUCAAGACUCCUGCUGGCCUGGAUGGUUCCAAAUUGCCCCUGUACAGCGGCAAGAUUGUCAUCACCAGCAACAACGGCGAAUUCCUUGGAGUGCCCUAUAUGGGUCUUGCAUCCGACCUUGAAAAGGACGUCGGUGACAUCUUUGAGUAUCCUAUCGGCUUCCCAACCAUGACUUCAACCCGUCAGGAGAUCUCUAUCGCGGAGAAGAGCAACUUCACCUUUGAUCUAGACCCAGAGGUUCAAGACUUCCCCGCCGUAUACUCACGCAUCGGCUUUGGUACGCGAGAGCUGCGAUGGGACAUUUUUGAUGAUAGCUGGACCGAGGACAACUGGGAGUACCCUCCAGUUAUCGGCAAGUCAGGUUAUGUCGGGUCUGCGACAAGUUGGGCCAAGUUGUCUGGCAAGCAGUAUUUCAACGCCAGCUCAGACGAUGCCAAUGAUCUCAUCGCGUUGCCGUUGAGGGAUCUAUCGCGUGACAUUGUCGGAAGACUUGGAACUGAGCUUUGGUGGCUCGGUCGGUUUGCCAACGGAAGUCAGAUUGCGGAGGGAAGAUACAAGAUGCGAUUCGCUGCCCUGAAACCAUUUGCAGACCCGCAAGCCUCGGAGGGUUGGGAUGUGUUCAAGACUCCUGCAUUUGACGUUUUGCCUCUUGAAGAUUAA